ACGUUACUAGACGAUUUGUUUGGGCUUUUUCUUUAUUAUCAUUGGGCAGAGGGUCCGCGGUUGAUUAGCAUUUGCUAAAAGGAACGGGGUUAAACAGCGAGGUGUACGAUGUCGUUUUUCCGCCCCUCUGUUCUAACUUCUAACUGAAAUGGAGAAGAAGACUUGAGCAGAGAAGACACAGCAAACUAGUUGCAGAAACAUCAAAUUUGCACUCUCUGUAUCAACCUCUCUGGAAGAGCCACUCGAGGCAUAUUAGGCACAUUUUACCAUAUCUUUGCCUAAUAUUGAAAUUUUAGCAGAUGGCAGAGCUGGCUGCUCGGAAACAUGUUCAAUUCAUUCUAUCGAAAGCAAAGGAAAAGGAUUCUUAUGAAUCAGUUCUGAUGGAGCAUAUAAGAUUGAAUGGGGCAUAUUGGGGUUUGACCACUCUUGAUCUUCUUGGAAAGCUUGAUACUGUCGAUGUCAAUGAAGUUGUUUCAGAGGUCCUCCAGUGCCAGCAUGAAUCAGGUGGUUUUGGUGGUAACAUUGGACAUGACCCACACAUACUUUAUACCCUAAGUGCCGUGCAGGUUUUGGCCUUAUGUGACAAGGUUGAUGUUUUGGAUACCGAAAAGGUUGCAAAUUAUAUAGCUGGGCUGCAAAAUGAAGAUGGCUCUUUUUCAGGGGACAUGUGGGGUGAAGUUGAUACGCGGUUUUCGUAUAUUGCUAUCUGUUGUCUAGCAUUACUACAUCAUUUGGAUAAAAUUAAUGUGGAGAAGGCUGUAUACUACAUAUUAAGUUGUAAAAAUCACGAUGGCGGAUUUGGAUGCACGCCUGGUGGAGAGUCUCAUGCUGGUCAAAUUUUUUGUUGUGUGGGUGCUCUAGCUAUCACGGGGUCUCUACAUCGUAUUGACAAGGACCUUCUUGGAUGGUGGUUAUGUGAGCGGCAAGUGAAAGCAGGAGGUCUUAAUGGCCGUCCUGAGAAGCUUCCUGAUGUGUGCUACUCAUGGUGGGUUCUAUCUAGUUUGAUCAUGAUUGACAGAGUUCAUUGGAUCAAUAAGGAAAAGCUUGCCAAGUUCAUUUUAGACUGUCAGGACAUUGAAAAUGGAGGAAUUUCAGACAGACCAGAUGAUGCAUGUGAUGCCUAUCAUACCUACUUUGGUGUAGCAGGGCUUUCCCUCCUUGAGUAUCCAGGGGUGAAACCCAUAGAUCCAGCUUAUGCUCUGCCAGUUGAUGUUGUAAAUAGGAUUAUCUUAGGCAUAAAGGAGUAGAACUCUUGUAAGAACUCUAAUUUGCAUUUCUUGCAAUUGAAGGCCUUUAUCUCUAAUAUAUUUAUAAACUCUUGACAGCUUGAGACAUAGUUAGCACACUCGAGAUAUAGUAAUUCACUUUGGUGCGGGAUUAUGUAAUUUCUGGAUAUCCAACUUGUUUAAAUAGAGAUGAGGAGCCAUUCAGUUAUGAAGUACUGCAAUUGAGAGUGCUAUUUGAUCAA